GCAUGCUCUCCCGCCCGGGCAUGCGCGCCGUGUCGGAGCGGUUGGGCGCUCGGCUUCCCUCUACGGCCGCCCCCGGGCCGGCCCUCCCGCCGCGGCCGGUUGCUGCCAAAAUUCUUCUGUUUGGAUUCUGAACUAUGACAUCAUGGCAAGAUUUCGCAGAAGAACAUGCAUCAUUUUGUUGCUUUUUAUUUUGUUUAUUUGCUCCAUAAUGAUGGCAUUGAAGACUCUGAGACCUGACCGAGCUGGCUUUGGGGAUCCAUUUGGACUUGGUUUGUUGCCCGAGCUUCAACAACGGACAGAGAUCUUAGACAAUAGACAAAAUUCACUGAAUAGGGUUCAUGGAGAUGCUGUAACACAAAUCAGCAAUAUGCAUGCUGUUGUAGUCAAUACUAUGAAAGCGUCUGUGCCUCCUGUAAGCAAGUUGGAAGAGCUUUCUUCUCCUAAUUAUAACUUUCAUAUAUUUUAUUAUAGUUGGUUUGGGAAUCCACAGUUUGAUGGCAAAUAUAUUCACUGGAACCAUCCGUUGUUGCCACACUGGGAUCCCAAAAUUGCAAACAAUUAUCCAAAGGGCAGGCAUAAUCCUCCUGAGGACAUUGGUGCUAACUUUUAUCCUGAACUUGGAUCUUACAGUUCCAAAGACCCUUCUGUCAUAGAAGCACACAUGAAACAAAUGCUUUCAGCUUCAAUUGGUGUAAUAGCAGUUUCAUGGUACCCGCCAGGUAUGGCUGAUGAAAAUGGAGAACCAACUGAUGAUUUGGUGCCUGUUAUUUUGGAUUAUGCACACAAAUACAAUCUAAAGGUCACUUUUCAUAUUGAGCCCUACAAAGAUAGAGAUGACCGCAGUAUGUACCACAAUGUCAAAUACAUCAUUGACAAAUAUGGAGCCCAUCCAGCCUUUUACAGGCAUAAGACCAGCACAGGCAGAUUUCUUCCCAUGUUUUAUGUUUAUGAUUCUUAUGUAACAAUUCCUGAAAUAUGGGCAAAUCUGUUAACUGUAUCUGGAUCACAGACUAUUCGAAAUACCCCAUAUGAUGCAUUAUUCAUUGCUCUUCUUGUAGAAGAAAGACAUAAGCAUGAUAUUCACAGAAGUGGCUUUGAUGGAAUGUAUACAUACUUUGCCACCAAUGGCUUCUCUUAUGGCUCAUCUCAUCAUAACUGGGCAAGUUUAAAAGCCUUUUGUGAUAGUAACAACUUAAUGUUUAUUCCAAGCGUGGGACCAGGCUAUAUUGACACCAGUAUUCGACCGUGGAACAACCACAACACCCGUAAUCGUGUCAAUGGAAAAUACUAUGAGACUGCCUUUAAUGCAGCCCUUUUGGUGCGACCAGAAAUUAUUUCCAUUACAUCUUUUAAUGAAUGGCAUGAAGGUACACAGAUUGAAAAAGCUGUCCCCAAACGGACUGGACAGAUAGUUUACCUUGAUUAUAAGCCCCAUAAACCAAAUGUUUACCUGGAGCUGACUCAGAAGUGGUCUGAGAAGUACAGAAAAGAAAAAGAGCAGUGGCUUAUGUGAGCUAUUGCUGCUGCAAUUGUUUCUUAACAUACUGAAUGCAAUGAGAAAGAAAUGGAGAGCUGAAGAAUCUGUUAUAAAAUGUCUUUAUUAUAAAUAUGUCCAAAUUGUUAUAUCACAUGAAUGUAUAUGCACUACUACUGAAUGUGAAUUUCAAAGAGUAAAAAAAUGAUUACAACAAUUGGCAUCUCUAACAUUGGAUAGUGUAGUUCAAGAAAGCUUUUUUUUUAAUAGUAAUUUGCAUGCUGAACUUCAAGAACGUCUGCAUGGGAUAACUACAUGACUGAAGUAGAACAAAAAUUUGGCAGUUAUAUUUACGUACUUAUUCAUGUAGUUGUAUUCCUAAUCAAAGUGAUGCUUUAAGCUGAAUUUUAUCUUGGUAGAUCCUUGCAGGAUGCACGUCUGUAGUGUGUGGAGUAAUCUGCAUCUACUGUUUUUAUGCUUUGCACAUUGUUAUUUCUUGAUUAUAAGAUUAAUUUGUGGUAAAAACACUGAAGAUGUAUGUGUGAUGCAACAAUGGUGUUUUGUUUUUUUUAAAAAAAACUUUUUCAAAGAUUGAGUUCUAAAGAACUGCUGAAAGAUUUAUAGUUUACUCUAUUUGUUCUGUUCAAUACAUGGUGCAGACUUUUGGAUACUGGAUACUGACCAAUUACAUUGUUUUUCUAUGUCUGAAUUAAAAAAAAAAGAAAAUAUUUUUUGUGGGGGAAAACUCCUAAAAUUUCUAAAAAAAAAAAAAAAUUCAUUUUCAAUUGAUUGACUGAAGACACAGUUUUAGUUUCUUUUUAGAAAUAUUUAAAGAUUCUAAAGCUAAUAUAUUACUAGUCCUACAAUAAAUACAAUUUUAGGUUACACUUUUUCAUUUGUAAUUUAGGAGCGGUGUAGUGUGGUAGCAGUGACAGCAAGCACACAUUACUUUUGUUUGAAAUGUGAGAUAUCAAUUUUUCAUAGAGUUCAUUGGGUAGUUCCAGGAUAGUAGAUACUAAAGUCUUCUAAUUGUUCAAAUAAGUUCCCCACCAAUAUUACCUUUAACUAUACGGUGUGCCUGGAAAUAAAUACUUUUUAGACCUAGGAGUCUCACCUUUCAGAUGUAGUGAGUGAUUAUUAACUGGUUUUCUUACUGAAUCUUGAAAAGUUCAAGUCACAUGGGCAUGUCUCCUCAGGAUCCCUUUUUUUGUGGGGGGGAUGAGGCAAGACAUUUUCAUACUUUAUAGGAAAACAGUAGACCUUGGAAUAGUAGACACUGCAGUAUUUUGUUUAUUUGCAGCAAGUGUUUAAUCUGUAGCAAAGUGGCUUUUUCAAAAAAAAAAUUUAUACAAGGUGCUGAUCCUGUGUUGUAGUUAGUAUGCUGGAACUGUUGCGACCACUAGAAUCCUAUAGUUUCAGCACUACCCACUGUAAUUACUCACACUUUUUACUCAGUUACUCACAGCGCUCUGUCCAUGAAAUUGUAAAGCACAUGUGGGGACUUCUGGCUAAAAAAGAAGACAAACCAAAAAAGAAAACAAUAUGUUCUAGAGUCCUGCUGCUGGUAUGAAGAAGGCUUGAUUAUCUAUCUUCCACUUAUUUGCAAUUUAAUUCUCUUGUCACUUCUUUGCAAUUAUUAAAAAAAUGUCACGCAAUGCCAUCAGCUGCUUGAAAAAAUGCAGAAAUGGGGUUACAGAUGUAUAAUCUGACAUGUUAAAGUGUGCCUCUAGAGUUAUUGCAGUCUUACUUGUAUUUGUUAAUUUUUUUCAUGUUCAUACUGUGUCUCUGCAAACUUGAAAGUUCUUCUAACAGAAAUGUUUACUAGAGCUUAUUUUACGUGCACUCAAGUGGAUAAACUGAAGAAAGAUAUAGGUAUUACCACAGUCACAAAAUUGUGUUUGAGACACAUGAAGCACUUGUUAGACUUUUACCACUUAAAAAUUAACCACUUUGCCAUUUAUUAAGGAAAAAUGAUUUAUACAUUUUUACUAUAACUCCCUUGAAUAGCUAUGUGUAAUUUGUUUUCAUAAUUUGGUACAUGUUUUUUACAGUCCAAAGAGCCCAUAUAUUUAUUUUAAAUGUAAAAGAAUGAUUAACUUAUUUGCAUAUCUAUAUUGCAUAUAUUAUUAAAAAUUAUUCUGGAUUCAAACCAUUUAAAGGACAAAUCUCUUUCCCUGCUUAAACUUUUGUCAUCCACUCUUCUCUCGCAGUAGUUGUCUGAACUCUUUACUAGUCUUGACAACUGUGCACUCAGCUUUCAGCUUCUUACUUUCUCCCGGUAGCAGUUUAUAUUUUCUCUGUGACUGCAAAAGUUGCUUCUGUUGUUGAUGUUUAAAAGCUUAAAAUUUUUGUGUAGUGUUGUACAACUGAGAUGAUCUUGGUUUAAAAUAUAAUUUAUGGUAACAACAUAAUGGGUCUCCAUUCUUAGAAAGACUGUAAUUGCUGUAAAGGUAUCAUUUAGCCCUUGCUGUGAAGUGAUUUGGGCUGUGACACACAGGUGUGUCAAUGGGAUCUUUAGAAGAAUGUACAGAAUUUCUGGAAAAAUAAAUAAAAAAGUUACCUAGUUCUCAUCACCUCUGAGCACUUACUGUAUUUUUGUGCUUAAUGUGUUUUAAAGGCUAAAUAUGCAACGUGAAAAAAAAUAAUCAUAGAUUAGAAUUUAAUUUGAGGAGAUGUGAUGGAGUAACAGCUGCUAGGACUACCCUAUCUGCCUUCCCAGUACUUUCUAUAUACUUGGAGCAAAUAUUAAUGCAAGUAUUAGAGGAAAAAAAGAGACUUCUGUGGAUGAAUUGCUGCUGCAAUCAUAAUAGUUUUUUUUUUUUUUUUUUACAAAGUGGUUGAAGUAUGUCUAUGGGAAAAGAUUAGUACAAAAUGCAAAGAAACAAGAUUCUCUGUUAUAAGUGCACAUUUUCUGGGGUGAAUAUAUAUAGAAGAUGAUUGCUCCAAGCUUCACAGUUGCAUUUAAAAAAAAAUUGAAUGAUUGAAUGUGCAAUCAAAAUUGGGAGGGAGAGAUGGCUAUUCUUAGUUUCAGAUCUUAAAUUAAAUUUAAGGAAUAUCUAAAUCCCAUCUCACUUCUGUCUUACACCCCUAUUUUUUUGCCUAAUUGAAAAAAAAAAAUCUAAUGAUUACUCAGCAUUUUUAGACCGAUGAAUUUCAUUUGAUUCAUCUUGUAGUAUGUUAUAGUACUUAGAUGAAGUGAUAUACUAAGUUUAUACAAAUUAGGGAAGAAAUACUAUGGGAAUACUAAAUAGAGAUCAUGCUAUGCUAUGCAUCUGCACCUACAGAAAUAUCUGUAUUGAUUGCAUACUACUGACUUGAGUAUCACUGGAGGGGAAAUGAUCUCUGAGACAAGUAGCAAGUCUUUGUGGUGAGAGAGCUUACUUUCAAAGGAAACUCUCUAGGUUCGUUUCUGUUUCUGUCAGUUGUGAUCAAGUAAAUUGUUUCAGUUCUAUGAGCUGUCUCAGAAGUGAAGCCCAAUACAUCUUCUCUGAAGUCAGGAUUUAUAUUAAAUCUUGCAUAGAUCUAUAAACUAUGACAGAAUUUUAAUUUAAGGGAAAGAGCAUGUGCAUAUGCUGUUACUAUUUCAGUGGUAAGCUGUAAAUUAUUGUGAAAGUAGUUUCUGUACUGGGGUACAUCAUGUGUGUCUAGAGCCUUUCUUUUGAGGUGCCAAUGAUUUGUCUCUUAACAGGUUGUUGAAACAGAAGGGUCUUUAUUAUGAGACUUUCUAUAUAUAUAUGCUGUAUAUAAUUGGAAUUUAACAUUGCACACAGGACUCUUGGGUUCUAUGGAAAACGUUUUACAGGAGUGAGUGUUUUCAGCACAGUGAUGCUAGUAGAAUAUAUCUCUGUGUACAUGGACAGGGCCAUGCUGGUGUAUGUUUGUUGGUGGUGGUGGUGGUGGUAAAUCUCAUGUACCUAAAUACCGAAGAGGAGAUAUAAACUAUUUACAAAAUAAUUGCCAUUUAACAUAAGUUGAAAAUUUCUGCCUGUCUUAAGGUACUUUACAAGUGUCAAUCCUUAUCCUUCUACUUGCUUAAAAUAGUGUCAAUAUUUCAUUCCUUUUUUAUCUGUUACUUUUGACCACUUCGUUAAAUAUUGCAUAAACUUCUGAAGUGGUUCUAUUUCUCAGACUUUGUAAUAUUCAUUAAGAGAAUCUACAAAAACAUUAGCACUGCAGAAGAACCUGGUAUGUAUUUCAUAUUGUAUAGUUAUGAUUUUUUUUGUGAAUGGAUGGUGUAUCUCAGUUGUGUAUUGAAUAUGGAUAAAUAAAAUACAUUUGUUUCCUUUAAUACACUACCUGUCUGUGGCAGAGAUGCAUUUGCUUACAUGCAACAAAAACAAAUGUGUGUCUAUAUAUAUUAUACAUACAUACAUAUAUAUGUAUGCAUAUGACUGAAGUCAUUAUUUGUAAAGUACUAUAUCAUUGUAUUAAAUUAUAGAUUAGAUUUGGCUACUUUUAUGCAAGCAAUGUUUUUAAUUCCCUAUGAUGUUUACAAAAAAAUAAAGUUGCUUAUGUAUGAAUACUAUUGUGAAUAAUAAACAUAUGCCCAAAAAGGGUGGCUUAAA